AUGGGCGGUCAAUUCUCAAAGAUGAUGGGCAAGAUCUUCGGAUCAAAGGAGAUGCGCCUGCUCAUGCUCGGUCUCGACGCCGCCGGAAAGACAACCAUUCUCUACAAGCUCAAGCUCGGCCAGGACGUCACCACGAUUCCUACCGUCGGCUUCAACGUCGAGACGGUCACGUACAAGAACGUCAAGUUCAACGUCUGGGAUGUUGGUGGUCAGGACAAGAUUCGACCUCUGUGGAGGCAUUACUUUAGUGGAACGCAGGGUCUUAUCUUCGUUAUCGACUCAUCCGACAAGAACAGAAUGGAAGAGGCUAGACAAGAACUUCACCGCAUCAUCAACGAUCGCGAGAUGAAGGAUAGUCUACUACUCGUGUUUGCCAACAAGCAAGAUUUGGCAGAGGCCAUGAGUCCCCAAGAAGUCACCGAGGCGCUUCAACUCUCCAAGCUCAAGGACAAGGUCUGGUACGUGGUGCCCAGUUGCGCUACCACAGGCGAGGGUCUGCUGGAAGGUCUGGCGUGGCUUAGCAACAACGUCAAGGCUCCUCCAACCCCGGCCAAGAAGUAGAACAAGGAAACUUGACUCGUCGUUUGGAGUGUAUUUGGGCCUUUCUGACUAUUAUAUUUUAUCCCGACUCGAUCCCGAACUCUUCCUUCCUCGUCCGCUGUUUACUCUCGAUACGAUUUUGUACGGCGCGCAGUGGACAGGACAUCUCUCUCACAGCCCCCUCCUCCGAAAGAAAGAUUCACCCAAACCUCAUCUACCUACAUACACCCGGAAUCUCCUCACGCCAAAAACACCGCUGAAAUACCCCGACUGUUAUCAUAUCUUGCUCUAAUUUACAACCCUGUCUUUUUAACCAAAUCGCGCGCCGGGAAGAGGGAAAUCGACCUGAACAAUAAGAAAAGGAGAUGUGGGGAGGACAAAACAGAGAAAUAUGACGAGAAAAUGGCAAGAGAAUAGAGGGGAUUGUGUGAAUAUGUAUGGGGGAGGCAAAGGCAAAGAGAAAGCAGAUAGGCAGCGUAUCUGAGGCAUGUCACUUCUUAUUUUUUAGUUAUUCGUCUUUUUUAUUUUUUUUCUUGUAUCUUGGAAU